CUGCGCCUGGGUCAGUUCCUCCUCGCUGCAGAGGGAAGCCAGCCGAGGCCGCUGCCUUUCGGACAAGCAGGUUCUCGCAGCGCUCACGAUGGACUCAGAUUCCAAGCUGACCUUGGCCGAGGCGCCUGCCGGGAAGGACAGCGGGAAGAAGUACAAGGUCCUCUGCGUGGUUCUCCUGGCUUUACUGGUGAUAGUGACACUCGGAUUGGGCUUGGGGCUUGGACUGAGAAAAUCAGAAAAGGAAGAGCAAGGCAGCUGCCGAAGGAGGUGCUUCGAGGCGGAGUUCCGAGGCCUGGAGGGCUGCCACUGCGAUAAGGACUGUAAAGGCCGAGGCGACUGCUGCUGGGACUUUGAAAACACCUGCGUGGAACCAACUCGGAUCUGGACCUGCAACUUGUUCCGCUGCGGUGAGAGACGCCUGGAGAACAGCCUGUGCUCCUGCGCCAACGACUGCCAGCAGGUCGGGGACUGCUGCACCAACUACGCCAGCGCAUGCCAAGGAAGAACCCCCUGGGUGAAAGCAGAAUGCAACUCGAGCCAGGAGCCACAGUGUCCUGAAGGGUUUGAGCCGCCACCCGUGAUCUUGUUCUCCAUGGAUGGCUUCCGCGCGGAGUACCUGGACACGUGGAGCCGGCUGCUGCCCAACGUCAAGAAGCUCAAAACAUGUGGAAUUCAUUCAAAAUACAUGAGAUCUAUGUAUCCUACCAAGACAUUCCCAAACCAUUACACCAUCGUCACGGGGCUAUAUCCAGAAUCCCAUGGCAUCAUUGACAACAACAUGUAUGAUGUGACUUUCAACAAGAAUUUCUCACUGUCUUCAACAGAGAAGAACAACCCUAAAUGGUGGGGUGGACAGCCGAUCUGGCUGACAGCCAAGUACCAAGGGUUGAAGACUGCCUCUUACUUCUGGCCUGGAUCAGACGUGCGGAUCAAUGACUCCUUUCCUACCUUCUACAAGAAUUACAAUGGCUCCAUCCCUUAUGAGGAGAGGAUCACCACACUGCUGAAGUGGCUGGACCUGCCCAAGGCUGAGAGACCCAGCUUCUACACCAUCUACGUGGAGGAGCCCGACUCAGCGGGCCACAGCAAUGGACCAGUCAGCGCUGGGGUGAUCCAAGCCCUACUGCUGGUGGAUGAGGCCUUGGGGAUGCUGAUGGAAGGGCUGGCGCAGCGGAACCUGCACAAUUGUGUCAACCUGAUCGUGCUGGCCGACCAUGGAAUGGACCAGACCUACUGUGACAAGGUGGAGUACAUGACGGAUUACUUUUCCCAAAUAAACUUCUACAUGUAUACGGGGCCGGCUCCCCGCAUCCGGGCUCGGAAUAUACCUCAGGACUUUUACACCUUUGACUCGGAAGAAAUUGUCAGAAACCUGAGUUGCCGAAGACCCGACCAGCACUUCAAGCCCUACCUGAGCCCGGACCUGCCCAAGAGGCUGCACUAUGCACGGAAUGUCCGCAUCGACCGCGCGCAGCUGCUGGUGGAGCGGCAGUGGCUGGCCGCCAGGUCCAAGGCCAGCACGUCGUGUGGAGGCGGCACCCACGGCUACGAUAACAACUUUAAGAGCAUGGAGGCUAUCUUUUUGGCACAUGGAUCCAGUUUUAAAGAGAAUUUGGAAAUUGAACCAUUUGAAAAUAUUGAACUCUAUAAUUUAAUGUGUGAUCUUCUACGCAUUCAGCCUGCACCAAACAAUGGUACCCACGGGAGCCUGAACCAUCUUCUGAAGAAGCCUUUCUAUGAGCCAUCCCAUCCACAGGAAGUGGCCCACUUGUCAGUCUGCGGCUUUACUGCCUCACUGCCCAUGGACACCCUAAACUGCUCCUGCCCUCAGCUGCAGAAUGAUACUCAAGUAGAGUCUAUGAAUCAGCUGCUAAACCUCACCCAAGAUGAAAUAACGGUGACAGUGAAAGCCAACCUGCCGUUUGGGAAACCCAGGGUCAUACAGGAGAACCAGGACUACUGCCUCCUGUACCACCGAGAGUACAUCAGCGGGUUUGCAAAGGCACUGAUGAUGCCCCUGUGGAGCUCGUACACGGUCCCCAAUCCGGGAGAGGACGCCGCGCCCGCGCCGCCCGCGCUCCCAGACUGUCUGCGGGCUGACGUCAGGGUCGCUCCCUCCGACAGCCAGAACUGCUCCCUCUACUUUGCAGACAGCAAAGUCACCCACGGCUUCCUCUACCCGCCCGAAAACAGUAAAACUGAUAACCAGUACGACGCUUUAAUUACAAGUAACAUGGUCCCUAUGUACAGAGAAUUCAAAAAGAUGUGGGACUACUUCCACAGUGCUCUUCUGGUGAAAUAUGCAACGGAGAGAAAUGGAGUGAAUGUGGUCAGUGGACCAAUAUUUGAUUACAAUUACGAUGGCCAUUUUGAUUCUCCAAGCGAAAUUACAGAACACCUGGGUGGCCGUGUGCCCCUCCCCACGCACUACUUCGUGGUGCUGACCAGCUGCAAGAACCGCAGCUCUGAGCACGCCAGCUGCCCCGACAACCUGGAUGUCCUGCCCUUCAUCAUCCCUCACCGGCCCACCAACGUGGAGAGCUGUCCGGAAAAUAAAACUGAAGCUGUCUGGGUUGAAGAAAGGUUUAAAGCACACAUCGCCCGGGUCCGAGACGUGGAGCUGCUCACGGGGCUCGACUUUUAUCAGGAGACAGCGCAGCCCGUCUCUAAAAUUUUGCAGCUAAAGACAUAUUUACCCACGUUUGAAACUAAUAUUUAACUUCAGGGGUAAAGCAGUGUUGGUGAAAUGUAGAUGUUUUCUGUUGGGAAAUCAUGAAAUAAAGUUUCUAUUUUUCUUGGCUUUCCUAAAAA